AUGGGAGCCGGCGGCUCUGUGGGUGGUAAGUGCGUGGGAUGCCAGGGCACUGAAGAUCUCCAUGUCUUCGAGACACAUGCAGGUAGGCUGCACACUGCCUGCAGCCACGCCGCGUGUGGCCCGUGCCUUCGGCAGCUGGUGCUGAGCCAGCUUCCGAAGAGCCGCGAGCGUUGGCAGCUCGAGAUCCUUUGCCCCGAGUCUGGUUGCCGGAAGCGAAUCCCUCAGCGCUUAGUCCUCACAGUCAAAGAGGCCGAUGACCUUGCGAAGGCCAUCGACACGGACGGCCUUUGGCCCAGCCUCGGAGACGAGGUUUCGCAGCGCUGCCCCCUUUGUGGGAAGGCGGCGCCGGUGCACGUAAACCGGGCUUGUGGCCAUGCAGCCUGCGAGAGCUGCUGGCUCGACGGCCUCGAGGAGAAACUCCGCUGGUGCCGCGAGAAUGCCGCCAUGGACAUCCCCUGUCCGCACCCGGGCUGCCAUGAGGGCUGCUUCGAUGUGCUGCGCCACUUCGAGAGCCCGUUCCUGGAGGAGCUCGAGCUCUACGUCCGGGAGGCCAAAGUGCAGCUCAUCGAGUUCUCUUCGUGGGCCGUGCACGGCCCUCCCGGGGCUCCGGGACCGGUCUGUCCGGUGUGCGGCUGCCAGUCCAUGGCAUUGCUGCACUGUCCCUGCGGAUAUGCGGCUUGCUCGUCUUGCUGGAACGGCUUCGUGCAGCAGCAGCUGGUCUGGUGCCAGGAGAACUUCGCCCUAGGCCCCGUGGGAUGCCCCCGGCAUCCGGGAGGCUGCACCCAGGAUGUGUUCCCCGUGCUUCCCUCCGCCAUCACGAUCUUUGCAGAGCACAGGGACCACCUGAAGAAGGAACUGAGGCGCCUGGAGGCCGUCGCCGUGCCGCGUGACUUGACUGGGCCUGGACCCACGUGCCCCAUCUGCGCCGAGGCAUCGCUCUGCCUGCUGCGGCCCUGCUGCGUGGAGCAUGUGGCCUGCGAGGUCUGCUGGGCCAACUGGGCAGAGGAGCAAAUCGAUAUGUGCCGUCUUGGACGCCACCUGCCAGCACGCUGCCUUUGGCCAAGCUGUGCUGCCGACUUGGCGGAGUCGGGUAUGUGGCGCCGGGUGAAGGGAGCCUCUGCGGAGGCUCCGAGGCUUCCUUCGCUUCUUGCGGAUCUCGACCGCCGACAGCGCCUGCAGCGGAGCUACCUCUAUCCACCCGCUGUUCAGGUCGACUGCCCGCAGCCCGGCUGCGUGGGCUUGGGCUACCUGGGCUUCGACAUGGUGAUGUGCUUCAUCUGCGAGCACCAGUGGGACGCCACCGAGGGCAUCCUGGGGGAGGAGACGGAGCUGCCCGACGGAGAGGAGGUGGCGGAAGUCUCCGUCGCCGGAGUUCGGGUCAAGAGGUGCCCAAGCUGCCACGAGUACAUCGAGAAGAACGGUGGUUGCGACCACAUGACCUGCCGCUGCCGCCACGAGUUCUCAUGGGCCACGCUGAAGCCCUGGAAACCGGGCCGCUGA